AUGAGUGACCAUCAGAACCCUGCAAAUGGGUCUGUGGACUCCGGCGACGCUCCUCCCUCCAAAAAGCCCUGUUUGAUCGACACGCCACCCAUCGCAGGUACUCCGGACGAUGGCAGCGAUUUCUACAACACACCUGUGAACUCGGGGACUCCCGUGGUGAAACCGGGCGAUAACCCUGCACCAGUGACUGCGACUGAAUUCAUUCCCACCUCCGAACCAGGCCCGAUGAUCCCAGGACUGGGCCUUGUCAGUCCCACUGCACAGACUACGAAUGAGUCGGCCAAGCAGGAGUCCGAUGUCUCUGUUGUCAGCCAAGGAGGUGAUGCCUCCGUGGAGACCGUGACUACACUCACAGAGGCUCAACAGGAGCCGAGUAGCGAGGCCCAGGACCACAAGGAUCCGGCUGCCACUUCUGAAGCGAUGGAUGUUGAUGCGAACCACGAGCAAACCACAACCGAAAAUGCGAAUACAACCUCUACUAUACAGGGAGGGAACGGACAAGAAGAAGAUGAGGAGGAACACCCUGAAUGGGAGGUCGACUCUGACCCUUACGAAUCAUCCUCGGACAGCUCGUCCUCCGAUUCCUCCGACAGCGACGACGAAGACUACCCCAUUUUGAGCCCUGAAGAACAGGCCCGUAUUUUGAUGCUGGCCGAAGGCGGUUCCGAUGAUGAAGGGGACGGCAAGGGUAAAAGCGGUGGUUUCAUACGCUCGGCCAACGAGGUUGUGGAAGAUGCCUUGCCAAUUCCGGAAGUCAAAAUCACUCCUGAUAUGAAGGUUGUGCUUCUGGGAAAGAUCCAGACGGUCAUUGACAAUGCAGUUCUUAUCGAGGCUAACACCUCUGGAGAAUACCAAGUCCUCGAGUCGGGGUCUUUGCUCUGCUCCGAGAACCGCGAGGUCAUUGGCGUGGUGGCCGAGACUCUUGGCAGAGUCGAGAACCCUCUGUACACGGUCAUGUACUCGAGCGCCGAGGAAGCGCAGAAACGUGGAAUCGCCAAAAACAUGAAUGUCUAUUAUGUCGAGAGCCAGUCUACAUUCGUUUUCACCCAGCCCCUCAAAGGCCUGAAGGGAAGCGAUGCUUCGAACUUCCACGACGAGGAGGUCGCCGAGGACGAGAUUGAAUUCUCCGAUGACGAAGCAGAGGCUGACUACAAGAAGAGACUGAAGCAGAAGCGUCAAGAAAGGAAGGAUGCCAGAGGUGGUGGCCCCGGGAAAAUCAAGAGAGAUGCUCCCGGCCCGUCGAAACUGAGCCAAACUGAGCUCAACUACGACGACGAAGGGGGUGAGGAGGGGUACACCCCCCUUGCCCGCCCGAAGAACCUCCACGAGAUGAUGGGUGCACGUGAGGCGCCAGUCGAAGGGAACGAGCGUGGGCCCGGUUUACGUGGCGACAGAGGCCGUGGCAGAGGCAAUGAUCGUGGUCGUGGUGGCCGUGGCAGAGGUGGCAGAGGCCGUGGAGGCUCGUAUGAACGGGACCAGGACCGCCGACCUCAGCACCAGCAGAGUGGCAGCUCGAACUACGGACAGCCAGCGGCGGCUCCUCAACCCCAGCCUUCAGGAUACGGCCAACCGGCGUAUUCGCCCCAGCAGCCUGCCUACGGCAUGCCUCAGCCAUUCGCUGGGUACCCGCAGUAUGCACCCCAGCAGGGACAGUAUCCUCAGGGCUCACCACCAACACAAUUCCCCUUCCAGUUCCCCUUCCAGCCACAAGCCUUCCCUCAACAAGCUGCUCCCUUCCAGUCUAUUCCACAGGGCGCGCAUAUCAACCCCCAAUUCUUCCUUGCCGCAUUGCAGCAACAGCAACAAUUACAACAACAACAGCAGCAGCAGCAGCAGCAGCAGCAGCAGCCGCCGCCGCAACAGCAGUAUCCGCCGCAGCAGCAGUAUCAACAGCCUCAGCAAGCCCCUGCACAGGGCCAGGCCCAACAUCCGGCUAUGAACUUCGACCAGGUCAAGGCCCAGCUGGAUCUGCUGCGGAAUCUGAGCAACCAGAACCAGGGACCGCCUCCGUCUUAG